CAGCAGCGCCUGCAGCUGAGAAGGAUUCCAGCCUCCACCUCCAGCCUGCCUGCCGCUGCUGUCAGCCUGCAAUUUCCUCCAAGGCUCCGGAUUGGGCCGUGUGCAACAGAGGGCUGGGAAGAGCCUCUAUAUAUUCCUCAGAGGGAAGGGCAGUUCCAGACAGUUUUGAAGUGUUGAGACUCUCUCUGCUCAAAGAAGUUAUACUCAAAGCCGAGGAGCUAAGCCAGCUGCCAAAAUGUGCAAAGGACUUGCAGCUUUGCCCCACUCGUGCCUGGAAAGGGCCAAGGAGAUUAAGAUCAAGUUGGGAAUUCUCCUCCAGAAGCCAGACUCGGCUGUUGACCUUGUCAUUCCAUAUAAUGAGAAGCCAGAGAAACCAGCCAAGGCCCAGAAACCCUCGCCGGAUGAGGCCCUUCAGUGGCGUGAUUGCUUGGACAAGGUCCUGCAGAAUGACUAUGGACUUGCCAGUUUCAAAAGUUUCCUGAAGUCUGAAUUCAGUGAGGAAAACCUUGAGUUCUGGAUUGCCUGUGAGGAUUACAAGAAGAUCAAGUCCCCCGCCAAGAUGGCUGAGAAGGCAAAGCAAAUUUAUGAGGAAUUCAUCCAGACCGAGGCGCCUAAAGAGGUGAAUAUUGACCACUUCACUAAGGACAUCACAAUGAAGAAUCUGGUGGAACCUUCCCUGAGCAGCUUUGAUGUGGCCCAGAAAAGAAUCCAUGCCCUGAUGGAGAAGGAUUCCCUGCCUCGCUUUGUGCGCUCUGAGUUUUACCAAGAGCUAAUUAAGUAGCAAUUUAGUCAGGCUAUGAGAGUCACCGUGAGUUAUUUCCUUCACGAUAACCCUGCAUUUGCUAGUCACCCGCAUACCGGCCCACAGCAGCUUUGCUCAAAGAUACCCAGGAGUAUUGCUUACUCUUUUACCCCCCACAUUGUUUUGGGUGUUCAUCGAUGGUCCAAAUGCUUUCUUUCCCCACUUUCCUCUUCCUGCCCCAUUCUUAAUUGACCUCUGCUCUGUUAAUAGACCCCAGGAGAACCACAGAAAAAUCCUGACUCGGGCAAAGAAUUCUAAAACAGAAUGUAUCACUGACUGUGGCCGUAGAUGUCCACCUAAACUGAUCUGAAAAAGAUUGUGGAUGUGGAAAAACCCAUUACAAGGGGGCUUACCAGAUUUCCCUUAUUUUGCUUCUGAUCCAGGGAGAUCACGCCUCCAAUUUCUGCAUUUGGUUAGUAAAAUGUGAUAUGAUUUUUAUGAGACAGUCACUGUUUGAUAUUUGAAGCAAAUUGUGCAAUCUUUAAAAUAUUGAUUUUCCCUUGGGGCACCCUCAUGUUACCUGGAUAUGAGUAAGAGACACACCAUGACCAUAGAAAUGUGUUGUUUAUAGCACAUCGAUCUAAACACGAUCUACAGUGAUUCUUUCCUUGUGCCUUCCUCACUGCCCGCCCCCCGACAAAGUUACCAAAUUCCGUUUUGAAUCAACAAGUUAAAGUCAAAAAUGAUUUUAUAAAUGUGUCUAUGACUCUAGGAUGUAGGUCAAAUAUUUCAGUUUCCAAAUUAUUUGAUAUCUUUGUGGUUAUAAAAUUCCGAGAUUUCUGAUUCUAAUCAUGUAAAACAUGACUGUUCAUCCAGUCGGGCGGUCUCCAACCGCAGUAUCAAGAGGGCUGUACUCAAAAGGGAAAUUGUUGUCAGGUUUAAAUCACUAAUCAUCCUAUGGUGCUGUCACCAUAGAACAAUGAUAAUUAUCUUCAAAACACCAAAUCAUCCCUGGAAAACGUAAUGUGACUAUAUAGAGAGGGUUUUUCUAAGAGUUCUCAAGUAUCCUGCCUUUUGCAAAAAGAAAAAUAAUAAUAAUAAUAAUGAUGUGAUCUAAUCUUCUUUCACCAUUUUGCUUCCUGCAUUAGCAAAUUGUGCUUCUAGUCAAAAGUAUAGAUUCGUACUCCUGAUAUGCCUCAUACACAGCUAGUUGGCAGGCCAUGGUAUUCUUAGUAGGUUUAAACUGCUAAUUCUGUAUUUUAUUAUUAAGUUUUGCUAGAAUUUUUUCUAAUCUUUAGUAGAUUUUAUUAAGUAAUGACACACACAAUUUAGUGAUAAAUAAAAUCAAACUAAACCAUGUAUGAGGGUAAUCAAGAUCAGGGUAGUGAGUUAAUUCAAAAGGAAGAGGGUGUUUUUUAAGGAUCAGUAAAAUUCCGCACUGGUUCAGUAGAAGAUUACCUUGUUCAGUCUUGGUUUCCUCUUUUUGGUUCCGUUUUUACUCCACACUCUCCUGGUUUCCCAUAGGUAGCUCAUUUAUUCAGUUAUUUACUAAGAAUAUUGACAAUGAAGAAACUGUGUUACUCUGUUCUUCAGAAAAACACUAACCAUGCUUGUUGGAUUUUCCCUGGUUUUGUGAUUUUGAAGGAUUAUAUGCCUUUCCUGCAGACUUGCCACUUGAUAUUUUGAGACCCAGUAGAGUGACUGGGUCUGCAGGCAGCAAAUGUCUGAAUUCAUUGUCUUUGUCAUUAUCGCCCGCUUCAAAGGAACUCCCUCCUCAGGCAGUUCAGGAUGAGGCCAGAUCAGCAUUGUGAUCGUGAAGUUCUCAACAUCUGCCUCUGCCUAGGAUUGACAAAGAACUCUGAUACAGAUUUCCAGGGUGCACUUCCAGAACCAUCUUCUUCAAUAUCUGUCUGCACUGCCCCAAAUGAGUAGGAAAAGCGCUAGCCUUUUACUUCUUAAUGCAGCUAAAAAUGUUAGGAACCUCUCAAAACGAGGUGAGUUGUUUUUAUUUUUUUUGAAUGCCAAAACAUUUUCAGAAAAAAAAUAAUUAAAAAUUCAAAUAUUUUAUCCACGUUGUUUCAAAUAGCCAAAUGUUUGAAAAUGCUCAGACAAUUAACGAGAUCCUAAAGAUCUCACCCAUGUAAUUGAUGUGAUGAAGAUUCCAAUUAACUUACGCAAAGUUGACUGAACGUGGGAGGGCUUGUCCGUGAAAAAACAGUCCUUUGCCUUUUCAUAAGCUGAAUCCAGAAGGCAGAAGGUAGCAAAGUGGGUGCCGCAAAUACAGCAAGGGUUGCAAAAAGAAUGAGAGAAGGAAUGUCCUCCAGUCAAAUGGUGACAUUGUAUCCAUCCACCUACAUUUAGCUUGAAAUUUAAAGCAGUCUGCUUUCACACUUACAGGCACAUAUUCAAAACUCUUCUUCUAGCAUAUGAAGUGAUAAAAUUAAAAAUACAAAUAUUCUAGCCCCAAAGGAGAAUCUAAACCGCUCUAGAAAAUUUCUUUGAAAGCUUUUGAAAAGUUGUUUGAAACUUAGCAAAGAGAGGGAGAGGAAAAAAAAAAAAAAACACCUGUGUUACUAGUAGUUUCCAUGGGAACACAAAGCAAAUCCAUUCUUUUCAUUCUGGGAAAUUAGAAAAAGUGGAAUGAUCUUUCCAGGAAAAAACAUGUGUAACAUCAAUUUAUCUCUCCCUUUCCCUCCUCCACCUCCUCGUCACUUUCCCUUGAGUAAAUUGACUGGCAAAGUAGGAAGCUGGAUGCAACAGCCCUGUGGUGCUUGUGUUUUCCUCUCUGGAGAAAAAGGAGAGUUGUGGGUGAAUUUGGGAUGUAGAAAGGCCGUGGACCCAAACCGUGGUCAAUGAAAAUAGGAGUAUAUGCUUCCAAGUUCCGAGAGAAACCUAAGAUUAGCCCAUGUAACAGCCCCUCACCUGUUUUUCUGCCUGGGCUUAGUAUAAUUUGGGGUUAAGGGUUUGGUUCAGAUUAAGAGCUCCAUUGACAAGCACAGAGAGACUAACUAUAGACUCUACAGUUACUGAGGAGGCUAUGUUCCAUGUUUAUCUGAUAAAGCAAGACUUGUUCACAUAAACGACAGUUCACCUUACCCACCACACACACACACACACACACACUUUUCUUUCUCUCGGAUAGACACCUUUUGAAAUGCACAACUGAGACAUUUCAGUGACUUUGUUCUCAAAUCAAUAAAGUGAAAUCUAUGGAAACGUUUUGUGCCCAACUCCCCACACCCCGUGUACUCCAAUUCUCUAUUGUAUGAAUUAUGCUUUAAGUAGAUUUUAGUUUUUACUGCAUAAAGAGAACGUAGUGAAAGAAUUUGUUUUAUUUCUAUCCUCUACAAAGCCAUGGAUUUUACUUGGUUGAUGUGAUCUCUGCAUGCACUAUAUUUCAAUAUGAUGAAGCUAUUAAUUAUUUCCCAAGGAUAACAAGUGUGCAAAAGUUCUACUAAAAACUCGACCACGGACAAAUCAAUGGAUAAACAAAGAAGUAUUCCUUUCUAGGGCUUUGCCAAAAUAUGUUUAUCCUAUUACAAAUUUGAUAAUUUGAGAUUUAUUUUAAAAGGUAGUUAUAUUUCAAGGAAAUGGUUUCCAUUCCCUCUAGCAGACUAUUCUUCCUGUUUCUCAGGAAUUUAGCAAGUUUAGAAGAGAAUGGGUCAUAAGAAGAAAGGGGAGAAAGGAGAGAAGGGAAGAUGCAAAGAAGUGAGUACCCAGACCUAGGAACUUAAUUCAUUUGCUAGGAAACUUUUAAGAGCAAUUCAGCUUGAUCAAAACCAAGACUGCUUCUUACUGUCAUCGUCCAUAUUUGAGGGAAGGCAUUUCUUGACUCACAAGGCAUGUAGAUGAGAAAAUUCAUUUUAACAUCCCAGAAAGCCUUGAGUCAAGAAAAGAACAAAUAUGGAAGACCUCCUCUCCCCAUUUGGCUUGCAUGAGCCAGAAAACAGAGAACAGAGAAUGUGGUUUCCAACCUCCAAGCAUCCAAACCCAAGGGCUAGGCAACUGUGUGUCGGUUUUCCUCUGAAGUCUUGGGACAGCUUAGUAUGUCCUGACUGAACUGCUGUUAGACCUUCUGGUUUUCCAGUCUCUUCAUUCUAUUAGUCAACUCCGUAUUUAACACUUGCUUGGUACAAGGCUCUCAAGUUAAUAAUUUAGCAGCAGCUCCGAGUGAUACAGAUACUCUUCACUAAAUAGCUCAUGUAGCAAAUCAGAACAAUAGAUAUUCCAAGAAAGGCUUUCCCAGCACCUCUUAACCAUCCUCAAAUUAAAAAUGGUUGACUUUUCCAACUGAGGAUUCACUGAUGGCAUUGAAUGGCAGAGAGUGACAGGCCAAACAGACAAAUGAAAGCAAAACAUUUUGGAAUACUACCCUCAACUCACAGUUGGAUAAUAAUCUUAUUUUUCUAGAAGCUCAAAAAUUAACUUCUUAGCAGUCACAUCCAGUUUAAAAGCCUCUUAUAAGUUACCUAUUCUUUCACCUGAGAUAUUUUUCCUCCCCACGUCAUCCCUAUGCCUCCCUUCCUCUUCUCCCCCUGCAAGAGAAAUUACUUAACAUAGUUGGAUCUAACCACAAUCUAUAAUAAUAUUUUAAAGGCAUUUAACUUCCUAAUGUAGGAAAAUGUACAGUUUAAAGCAAAAAAACAAAUGCUGAGAAAUUUGCCAUUGGAGAAAAGCAAUCUAAAUGAUUUUUGCCAAAACUUUUUAUGUUAUAUCAGGAUUUUUUUAAGUUAUCAGGAUUUGAAGGAACAAUUUAAAAAAAAACAAAACAAAACGUGUUACAACUUCCAGUUCAUCUGCAUGAGACACAGGCAGGAGAAGUGAAAGGUCUAUAACUCCAUUUGUAAGCUUUUUCUUGUAUGUUUUUAAUUUAGGAACAAUUGUGAUUAUCUUCUGAUUUUUGUAUCCAAUACUUUAUGUACUGUGUGACUCACAUUUCUUGAUAAAGCACCAAACAUGUAUCUGUAACUACAAUCACGUAUAUUAAAUAUAUAUCUGUAUACAGCC